AUGGCCAACUCGAUCUCUCAAGACAUUCCAAUCAUCGCUGAAGCAAAAAAAGAAGUCGUCACUAGCGAGUACUCGUACACAGAGCGAGACAUAAUACUGUACAAUCUAGGAAUCGGUGCCACCGAAACUCAACUUCAAUGGACUUAUGAAGGAGAUGAGCAGUUUACUGCGCUUCCUACCUUUGGGGUUAUUCCCCAGUUCUCUGCCAGCAGCUCGCUGUCUUUGGAUUGGUUGCCAAAUUUCAAUCCGGCCAAGUUGCUUCAUGGAGAACAAUACCUCAGCAUCAAAGCGCCAAUCCCUACUAGUGGGGAUCUUGUAAAUUCUGCCAGGUUUCUGGAGAUACUGGACAAGGAUAAUGCAGCAGCUGUCACCACUGUUGUCGAGACACGAGACCAACAUAGCGGAAAGCUUAUAUUCGAAAAUCAAUCCACUGUUUUCAUCCAUCGUGGUCCUGCCUCCGCCUCCAACACACCCCCGGCGAGGGCCCCAGACGCCAUUUUUGAGGAAAAAACCCAUCCAUCUCAAGCCGCUCUUUACAGAUUAAACGGUGACAUCAACCCUCUCCACAUAUUACCGGAAUUCGCAGCCGUUGGGGGUUUUGAGAAACCCAUCCUCCAUGGGCUAUGUUCGAUGGGCAUAGCAGGCAAACACGUUUUGCAGACGUUCGGUCCCUUUCAGGACAUUAAGGUUCGAUUCACGGGUGUUGUAUACCCAGGUGAAACCCUCGUCACUGAAAUGUGGAAGGAGAAGUUCAAAGUUAUUUUCAUCACUAAGGUCAAAGAACGCGGGGUUGUGGUGCUCGCCUCCGCAGCCGUGAGCUUGCAUGAAACUGCACAAGCGAUGCUUUGA